CAUCGUGGCUAAGCGGAAGACAACAUAAGAGUUUCAGCCGUUAGACGGAUAAUAACAACUCUGUUUUAUUAUUGCUUUAUUUUAUAUAUAAUACGGUUUGGUAGUGCUACUUUUCAUCAUGUUUUCCUUCAACAUGUUUGACCACCCAAUCCCACGGGCUUUCCAAAAUCGCUUCUCCACUCAAUACCGCUGCUACUCUGUGUCCAUGUUGGCGGGUCCCAACGACCGGUCUGAUGUUGAGAAAGGAGGAAAAAUUAUAAUGCCACCAUCUGCACUUGACCAACUAAGUAGACUUAACAUCACCUACCCAAUGCUGUUCAAACUGACCAACAAGAACUCAGACAGAAUGACACACUGUGGUGUCUUGGAGUUUGUAGCAGAUGAGGGGAUUUGUUACCUGCCACACUGGAUGAUGCAGAACCUCUUGCUAGAGGAAGGGGGCCUAGUCCAGGUGGAGAGUGUUAACCUUAUGGUGGCCACAUAUUCCAAGUUCCAGCCCCAGAGCCCAGACUUCCUGGAUAUCACUAACCCCAAAGCUGUGUUAGAAAAUGCCUUAAGAAACUUUGCCUGUUUAACCACAGGAGAUGUUAUCGCAAUUAACUACAAUGAAAAGAUCUAUGAACUGCGAGUGAUGGAGACUAAGCCAGACAAGGCAGUGUCUAUCAUUGAAUGUGAUAUGAAUGUGGACUUCGAUGCUCCGCUGGGAUACAAAGAACCGGAGAGACGUUACAAAGUACCAGAGGAGCCCACAGAGGAGGAAGGAGACCCCGGCACUUGGACUGACAUGGACAUGAGAUUCAGAGCCUUCACUGGUUCUGGCAAUCGUCUGGAUGGCAAAAAGAAGGGCAUUGAACCCAGCCCCGUUCCCAUUGAUCCAAGUGACAUUAAAAGAGGCAUUCCUAACUAUGAGUAUAAAGUCGGGAGGAUCACGUUCAUCAGAAACUCCAGGCCUCAGCCCAGGAAAACUGCAGAGGAUGAGGAUUCUGAAUUCAUUGCCUUCUCUGGGGAGGGACAGUCACUACGCAAGAAAGGUGGCAGAAAACCUUGAAGCACUAUCGUAUUAAACUGAGGCUAAUUGACAGUGCACAUUAUAUAAAUACCAACACACCUAGCAGUUACAACCAAUUUAGACAAGUUAUGAAAAGAGCUGGGUUCAUUUUUCUGUCCUUUAGAAAGAAUCUGCAGGAUUUAACUUUCUGUUGGUCAUGGUAUAACAAAGUUCCAGUUGGUUAACAUGAUACAUCACUUUUAAGAAACUGAGUGAUAGUAACUGGUUUGAGCCCAGCCUAAGCCAAGCUUUCAUUCACAUUGUUAUACCAUUUUGAUCCAUAAUGGAAAAAUCAUGAUUUCUUUUAUUUUUAUUUGAGUUAUUGUUCAAGAUGGAGUUGGAUUGAUAUUUUGGAAUAUAACAGAAUAAGGACAUUGGAACCCGUUUGGCUUUGAAACGUUUGACAGUGACAAUGAGUGAUUCUUAACUGCUUUUUCAUUUAUUUAUGAACUCUGAAAUAAAGUAAAGCAUUU